AUGGCAGAGACUGGGGAAGAGGAGAAGGUUUCAGCAGAGGCCUCAGGGUUCUCAGACCUUAGUGACUCAGAGUUUCUGGACCUGGAAGAUGCCCAAGGGUCAGAUGCUUUGCUGAGCAAGCCUGGCCCUUCUUCUGAACCCUCAGGGAAGGAUGGUAAGCCUAUAAGCUUACAGAAGUGUGAAAGAGGAUUGGCUGUCUCAUCACCCAUGGAGCGAUUCCAGUUGAAAUACUUGUAUGUCACUGACCUAUCUACUCAGAACUGGUGUGAACAGCAAAUGGUCUAUGGGAAGGAGCUUCCUGGCUUCUUGGCACCUGAGAAAGCAGAUGUUUUAGACACUGGUGCUAGCAUCCACCUAGCUAGAGAACUAGAAGUUCAUGACCUUGUGAUUGUCCCCAUCACCACUAAAGAAGAUGCUUGGGCAAUAAAAUUUCUAAACAUACUAUCAAUGAUUCCUACCCUGCAGUCAGAGGGGUGCAUCAGAGAGUUUCCCAUGUUUGGGGAAGUAGAGGGUGUGCUGCUUGUUGGGGUGAUUGAUGAACUGCACUAUACAGCCAAGAGGGAACUGGAACUGGCAGAACUCAAGACACACAGGCAUCCUAUGCUCCCUCUGGAAGCUCAGAAGAAGAAAGAUUGUUUUCAGGUUAGCCUAUACAAAUACAUCUUUGAUGCCAUGGUACAAGGGGAAGUGACCCCUGCUAGCCUAAUCCACCAUGCAAAAUUGUGUCCAGAAAAGUCACUGGGACCCUCAGUGCUGAGGCAUGCCCAGCAAGUAGGCAUCUCUGUGAAGUCCUUAGGUGAUCUCAUGGAGUUGGUCUUUUUGUCUCUAACACUGUCUGAUAUUCCAGUCAUUGAUAUCCUGAAAAUUGAAUAUAUCUCCCAAGAGACUGCCACUUUGCUGGGUACAGAGAUUGUUGCUUUUGAAGAGAAGAAGGUGAGAGAUAAGGUGCAGCACUAUAUAGCCUACUGAAUGGGUCAUAGAGAGCCUGAAGGGGUGGAUGUGGAGGAAGCUUGGAAGUGCCACAUGUGCAACGAUGCAGACUUCUGCGGCUGGAGGAAGGGUAGUUGGAUGCUCAGCUCUACACUAGAGCCCCAAGCCAGAAAAAAAUCCAAAUGA